AUGAAGAAGAGGACGACAUAUCUGGAUUGUGGUGUCUUUGCCAUAUGUUGUUGUGAAUACCCAAAUUUUUCGUGCUGUAUCGACGGCACAACAGGAAAAACACCAAAGAUGCUACAAAGCACAUCAAGUAGCGACACAAGGAAUGAGAGUACACAUACGAUUAUAAUUAAUGAAGGCGAAGAAGAAAGGAAUAUCACGAAGCCUUCUUCUUCCAAAGCAGAUGAACCGCAAUUACGACACGAAGCUGAGGACACUGUAUCAUUAUCGACUUCAAAAGGCCAAGUAAAUCCUCCAGCACCUGAGCGCAAGACAAAAGUUCUAUUUCUUACUGGUACGCGCGGCCUUGCAGCCUUGCUUGUCGUUGUUCAUCAUUCUCAUGACUUCAUGCCACAUAUGCACCUCCAACUUGGGGCAAUUGGUGUCGAUCUAUUCUUCGUGCUCUCUUCCUAUCUCCUCACAUGGAUCCUCAUGCAAAAGAUUCAGACAUUAAUUGCUCAAGGUGCCUCCUAUCGUACAUGGGCAUUGUCAUUAAUUGAUUACUUCCAGCGUCGAUUAUUUCGAGUGUACCCUCUAUUCUUUGUUACUGUUAUCGUCGUAUCAUUCUUGACAGUCAAAGACCAAUCACUUUACUUCUCAGUUGAUCAUCGACGACCUCCUUAUGAUAUUGUCAAGACACUAAUGUUUGACUUUCAGUAUCGCUAUCAUGUGUUUUGGACGCUACCAUUGGAGAUUGCGUAUUAUUUUGUGAUACCCAUCUUUGUCUUCGUCGUCAUCAAACUACGUUGUCUAUGGUGGAUUGCUGGACUUUUGCUCACGGUGUGGAUCGUUAAAGAAGGAAUUUUCACGGGUAGACGCGAUCACCAACCUUUGAAACUUCACAUUUCAACAUUUUUUACAGGAUCAAUGGCAGCUGUUGUUUUCAUUAAAAUGGACUCGUGGAUAAAAAAAACAAGCUUUAUCUUUCGAUGGUGGCACACUCUUUUUCUUCGAACGGUAGAAAGCUUAGCUAUUUUAAUGUUGCUGAGCGUGACAUUUCGAGGACUCGUAUUUACGUGGGUGUUUGAGAAUCCAUUCUCUCACAUUAAAGGAGUUCCAUAUACCAGCGCGUAUUGGGCAAUAAUUAUCUUGAUUGAAAUGAUCAAACCCUCCUAUAUAUCGACAAUGCUCGAGUGGAAUGUGCUUUGUACUUGGGGAAAAUUUAGCUUCUCCAUCUAUUUAAUGCAUUCGUUUGUCGUGUAUAAUCCAGUAUUGAAAGCGCAAACGAAUUAUUUUGAUCGACUCUUUUCCAGACUACUACUCAUAUUUGCACUUUCGGCAACAACGUAUUAUCUUAUCGAGUUUCCGUCGUUGUGGAUGGCCAAGAGAGUGUCUAGAUUGAUUACAAAUGCCGUCAAACGUCACUCGAGCAAAUGGACAAAACUUGCUGGUGUCGAACGAAUAAGAACACAAGAGUGA